AUGCUGGGGUUGGUGUACGACAAGUACAAAUGCCUACUCACCAUUGAAUGUGGGCUACUUACAUCGUCGCGAUUGGAGGAGUACGCUGCUGCUGUGGCACAACGUGGAGCACCGGAGCCGAGAUGCAUUGGUUUUAUCGAUGGCACUGUGCGUGCUAUUGCACGCCCAACGCGCAACCAAAAACAAGUUUACAACGGACACAAGAGGAAACACGCGCUAAAAUACCAAGGAGUAAUGGCGCCGGACGGACUAUUCAUCGACUUUUACGGUCCUACGGUUGGACGUCGUCACGAUUCUUGGCUUUUAAGGCAGAGUGGACUGCUGGAGCGCCUUCCGCGUGUCUUACAUCACGACGGGGAACUUCCGUAUUGCAUCUAUGGGGAUCCUGCCUACCCACUCAAACCAACGCUGCACGUCGGUUUCAAGGGCUCCAAUCUGAGUGAUACGCAAAAGGCAUUCAAUGCGGCUAUGAGUAAAGUUCGCGUGGCAGUGGAGUGGGGGUUCAGAGGGAUCAUUCGCUUAUGGCCGUUUCCUGAUCUGAGACUGAGUCAAAGACUAUAUCUAUCACCUGUGGGGAAACACUACUUGGUCGGUGUACUCCUGACAAACUUCCGCAACUGUUCCAACCCCAACCAGAUCAGCAAAUUAUUUUCCAUUAAGCCGCCAAGCCUCGAGGAGUACCUUACUCUAGCUACUACGAACUAUUCUUGCUGA